AAAAAACAACUCUACAACAAGACUGUGUUGUUUCUAUUCAUUCAAUUGUUCUCUCUGUUGCUGCUGCUGCUCUGCUACUUGCACACAUAUUCCCCUUCCCCUACUACUAGUUAACUAGUGUGUUACUACUUUCGAGUAUCAUUGUAAAUUUACAUUUUUCAAAUCAUCAUCACUUUAAUUGCAUCAUGGCCUCAUUGUUGAAGGAAAAACAAUUGUCGUUUUGGUCACAAUUGUUGAGUCAAAAUCAAAGUUUGAAAUUGCCAACUGAUUAUCCUAGAGUUAUGUUAAAUGAUGAAGCAGCUUCAUCAACUUCUACUACCUCUACUACCCAAGUUGAGUAUAAACCAUUAGAAUAUACCAUUUCAAUGGAACAAGUGUUGAAUAGUAGCAAAUUUAGAGAACUGUUUAUCAAGAAUGGAGAUUCAGAGGCACAACAAUUAUUUACUAAGAAUUCAUUCAUUCUCUCCUUAUUUGUUGUAUUAUUAUGUAGAUAUACAUAUGAAGAAACCUUUUUAAUUGGUGUAUUGCAAGAUUGUAAUGAAGAAAAGGAUUCAUUCAUCUUGUCAGCCAAUAUUCCAAUGCCUUCCAAUGAAGAAGAUACAUUUGAAGGUAUUUCACAAAGUGAUGCUACUGAAAAGUAUAGUUUUAAAAAGUUACUUUCCAAUAUUCAACAAUCAUACAAUGAUUCAUUGAAUCAUUUAUCAUAUUUCAAUAAUGUAAAGAAUAUUCUCGAACAAUUUUUGUCUAACAAUGCUAAUGCUGGUAAUAUUGAUACAAAUUUACUCGUUCAAGUUUCUUAUAGUUCCUAUGCCGGUCCAUUCACUAAGGUGGACAAACCAUUCCCUAUUUCUAAUGUUGAUUUAAAUUUACACUACAAUACUCAAUCUAACGAACUCAGUAUCAUUUAUCAAAAUAACUUGUUCACAGAAUUGAGAAUGGCUGAAUUAUUGAAUCAAUUGAAAUUAGUUUCUGAACAAGUAUUGUCGAGUAAUUGCAAUGUCUCUAUUUAUGAUAUCAGUUUGGUGACUGAAUAUGCCAAGAAGGUUUUACCACACCCUGAUAAAGCUUUGAAUAACGAUUUCAUUGGUCCAAUUCAUGAAAUUUUCCAAGAACAGGCUAAACAAACACCAGAUAGAAUUACCAUGGUUGAUAAUCAUGAAAGUGUUACCUUUGAACAAUUGAAUCGAGUUUCCAAUCAGUUAUCAAGACACUUACUUCAUAAGGGAUUGAAGAGACAGGAGGUUGUGACAAUCUUUGGUCACAGAUCUUGUCCAGUUGUGUUGGCCAUCUUGUCUACAUUGAAAUGUGGUGCAAUUUUUAACAUGUUAGAUCCUGCUUAUCCAGCCGACAGAAUUAUCACUUGUUUGGAAGUUUCAACACCAUCUGCAGUUAUUUUAAUUGAAGCUGCUGGUCAAUUACCAAAGUCUGUCAUUGAUUUUAUCAAUGAAAAGACCAAGUUUGUAACAGUAUUGAAAUCCAUGACUGAUAUUCUUAAUGAGAAUGUCUACUCUGAUUAUAACGAUUCCAAUUUGAGUGAAGAUCCAACUUUGAAUGUUAAAAUUACACAAGAUGACUUUGCUGUUUGCACCUAUACAUCAGGAAGUACUGGUAUUCCAAAGGGUGUUUUGGGAAGACACGGUCCUCUCACUCACUAUUAUCCAUGGAUGAAACAAUAUUUUGGCUUUAGUGAAAAUGACAGAUUCUCAAUGCAAUCUGGUAUUUCUCACGAUCCUUUGCAACGUGACAUUUUUACUCCAUGGUUCUUGGGAUGUACCAUGUAUAUUCCAUCUAAUGAAGAUAUUGUCAAUCCAGGUCGUCUUGCUGAAUGGUUCGAAGAAAAGAAGAUUACAGUUUGUUGUUUGACUCCACCAAUGGGUCAAUUGUUGGCUACUGCUGCAUCUGUCAUUAACACAUCAUCUCAAUUGUUCCAAUUGAAUCAUUUGAGAUAUGCAUUCUUUGUUGGUGAUGUCUUGUCUAAGAAAUUCGUUAAGAGAUUGUGUGACAUUGCACCAAUCGUUAAGGUUAUCAACUUGUAUGGAUCAACUGAAACUCAACGUUCUGUUACCUACUAUAUGGUCCCACGUCCAGGUGAAAAGUGUAUUGAAACUGGUAUUCCUUUCGAACAAUUGAAGGAUAUUUUACCAAUCGGUAGAGGUAUGCAAGAUGUUCAAGCAUUGACAUUGAGCAGAUUCACUUCUCGUGAUAACAAAUUCAUGUUGUCAGGUAUUGGUGAAAUGGGUGAAAUUUACAUGAGAUCUCCUCAUCUUUCUCAAGGUUAUAAGGGUAAGGAAAAGGAUACUCGUGAAAAGUUCAUUCCAAAUCCAUUCAUGACCAGUGGUUAUGUGGAUAGAAUGUACAGAACUGGUGACUUGGGUAGAUAUUUAAUUAGUGGUGAUGCUGAAUGCAGUGGUAGAGCUGAUGACCAAAUUAAGAUUAGAGGUUUCAGAAUUGAAUUGGGUGAAAUUAACACCUGUCUGAACUCUCACGAAUUUGUUAAGGAAAGUGUUACCAUUGUCAGAGAAGAUUGCAUUCAAAAUGAAAAGCGUAUUGUUACAUACUUUGUUUUGGAUAAGGUUGAAUUAGAAAAGAAUUCUACCCUCAACGCCAAGAAUGGAAAUUAUAUGGAAUCUAGUAUAAUCAAGACCAUCAUUAAGGAUUUGAGACAACACAUCAGAACCAGAUUACCAGAUUAUAUGAUUCCUUCAUACUUUGUUCCAUUGGAAAAGAUUCCAUUGACUCCAAACGGUAAAAUCAAAAAACAAGAUUUACCAAAUCCAAUUCACAUGCCAUCUUUGGAUUCUGGUGAUGAAGAAGGAUAUGUUGCUCCAAGAAAUGAUUUGGAAAAGCAAUUACAACAAAUUUGGGCUGAUGUUUUAUCACGUGGUAACACUGAUAACAUUGGUAUCCAUGAUAACUUCUUUGAUUUGGGUGGUCACUCUAUCAAUGCUACAACAUUGACCUUGUUGAUCAGAAAUCAAGUUGAAGGUGCUCAAAAACUCCCAGUUGAAUUAUUGUUCAGAGCUCCAACCAUCUCUGCUCUCGCUGUUGCUAUUGAACAAUUGAGAAGUGGUCAAACCAAAAAUCAACACUUGAUUCAAGAUGUUUCUAUGGAUACUCACUUGGAAGCAUUUAUCAGACCUCAACAUCAAUUGAACUUUAACGAUUUCAUUUCCUAUUCCAAGGUUUGGCAAAAUCCAAAGAACAUUUUGAUUACUGGAUGUACUGGUUUCUUGGGUACAUUCUUGUUGGCUGACUUUUUGAAGAAGUCAACUGCCAAGAUUUACUGUUUGGUUAGAGCUGAAAAUGAAGAAAAGGCCAGAAAACGUAUUUUGGAAUCCCUCUUGUCAUAUCACUUCUUGUGGACUUCUAAGGAAAUGGAUCAAGAAGAAGAAAUGGACUCUGUCAACUCUAUUAACAGAAAUAACUUGGCUCAAGUUGUUGAAAUGAGAAUUAUUCCAGUUUUGGGAGAUUUGACUAAACCAUUGUUGGGUUUGAAUGAAAACAAGUUUGAAGAAAUGACCAACAUUAUUGAUAUCAUUGUUCACAAUGGUGCCGCUGUCCAUUGGCUCUACAGUUAUGACAAGUUGAAGGCCUCCAACGUUAAUGGUACUCGUGAAAUUUUAAAGAUGGCUUGUGCUGGUCAAAAGUUGACUCCAGUUCACUAUGUUUCCACAACAUCUGUUUUUGACUCUGAACAAUAUAAGGAAUUCACUGAUGUCUAUGAAGAUUCCACACUUCCAUAUCACGAAGAUUUGACUGGUUAUCCACAAUCCAAGUAUGUUGCUGAAAAGUUGUGCAUGAAUGCUCGUAUGAGAGGUUUACCAGUUUGUAUCUACAGACCAGGUUAUAUUACAGGUCACGCCAAGACUGGUGUCUGGAAUCCAGAUGACUUCUUGUGUCGUAUGAUUAAGGGUUGUAUCCAAAUGGGUUACUAUCCAGAUAUGCCACUCUCCAAGUUGGAUAUGUCUCCUGUUGAUUUCAUUUCUGGUGCCAUUGUUCACUUGUCAAGAACUAUGGACUCUGUUGUUAAACAUCAAGCUUAUCACUUGGUCAAUCCUCACGAAUUCUUCUUCAAUUCAUUAUUCGAAUGUGGUAACAAGCUUGGUUACAGUAUCAAGCCAUUGCCAUUCAAGGAAUGGAAGGAAAAGUUAUAUCAAGCUACUGUUAAUAGAGAUAAAAGUGCUGAAACUGAAACUGGAAAGGUUGUUGAAGAAAAUGUAUUGUAUCCAUUGGUAACCUAUUUCACUGAUGAUUAUGACUUGAAGAUGACUGCCAAGCGUCCAUGGUAUGAUAACACUCACACUUUGGAAGGUUUGGAAAAUUCCAAUGUUACUUGUCCAAAGGUUAUUGAAUUGAUGACCACUUACUAUUGCUUCUUGUGCAAGUGUGGUUUCUUAAAUCCUCCUCAACACCCAACUGAUUUGGCUAAAAAGUUUGGUUUCCACAAAAUUCCACAAAACUUGGAAAGAGAUCCAAAAGCUGCUCUUCCAUUGGAUUUAUCUUUGGUUUCCUUACACUCUGAUGUCAAUAAUACUGAAUCUCCAUCCCCAACCUCUUUCAAUUACCAAUCCCUCAUGAGAAAUAACAGAAUUUAAACAAUUUGCUGAUAGAUCUCUAAAACUCAACUACUACCCAAAAUAACAAACCCAAAUAAAUUAUACUAUUAACCAUC